AUGGUGGUACAACAAGACUACGACCUACCAGUGUUGAAGCAGCCACGACAUCAAGGGGGGGAGCCUAUGGAUUACUUUGAUCCAGACGACGUGAUCCAGUGUCACGAUUUGGUGAAGGUUUAUGCAAGAUACUUCGACUUGGCGGAAGUUAUGAGAAUGUACCUUGGUUGGUGUGUGGUAAAAAUUUUUAGCUCCGUUUGUGUAAAUAGACUUUGCUUCUUACUCUUUUUGAUAGAAUUUGUAGUAGGGAACAAUACUCAUAGUGAAGAGAAACAUCAAAUGUAGGCAUGCGGAUACAAAAAGCAUGUCCACAGUCCCCUUUUCAUACUCUACAUGAAAGGCAAGAAUAUCCGACCGACCAAGCGAGAGCACUUCCGAGAACAGUGGGCACAAGUGAUGCCCGUUGGUAGUCUGUCUUAUCCGCAGAAACUAUGCGUCUAUGUCGUCCGUAACUAUGUGGUUUCGCAGCAACCAGACGGGUCGCGACCCACGUCAUCACCUGAAAAACUAGCGGC